AUAUAGUAACCGGUAUAUUAGUAUAGAAGCAAGACGUGAUCAGAGAUGAGUUGGAAACGAUUUGACCCGCGGUUGAGUUCUAGAAGUGUCGUGAUAUACUUCUUGAUAGCUCAACCCAUGCUUGUGUGUGUCUAUUACAACUACGUAUCACCUUCACGAACAUGUGUGUCGCAUUCUGCAGGAUUGAACCGUACCGGCAACAAGCCAACACGUGCCGAAUCAGCGAAGCUGCAACAGAUUGACAGUGAUGAGAUCAAACGUAACGAGUCCAAAGCCGGUGCUUCGGAUCCUCUUCAUGAUGCAGGGAAACCGAACCCGAACCCGGGACCGAAUUACACGAUUUCCUAUCAGAAAGCCACACCAGCCAAUUACACCGAUCUGUUUUGGACGGACAGUGAGGGGAACUGUCGGGGCAGCUCUUGCAAGUGGCCCAUGAUGCCGGGAGCGACACGAGAACUGGUAUCAUCGGCUCCAGAGCCCUUUGAAAAGAUUCCGCUACACUUCCUGGAAAACUUCAAAAAUCCUUGUUGGUUGAGGGGCCAGACGGACCUGAACUGUCUCCCUUACUUCUACGUUCUUGGGAUGUACAAAUCUGGGACAUCGGAAAUUUGGGACAAGAUUAUCGCUCACCCUGAUGUUCUAUCAAAGGUCCCCAAAGAACCCCACUGGUGGGGACCCAGACGAAAUGGCUAUACUUUUAUUCCGAUACACAGGACUGAAAUACUUCAAGCCCGCAAUCACACUGGCGGGAAGGAUGACAGUUCCUUUGAAUGGUGCCUUAAUUUCUAUAAAGCAUCAGUUGUACCAGAACUAAUCAAGACCAAGAUCGCGACCAAAGAACGAACAGAUUACUAUCCUAAAGUUUUCGGUGAAGCUUCGGUAUCCACUGCCUACUCAAUUGGAAGAGGAUGGAUAGAGACUUUCCCGUAUGCAGCCGAGCCACCAUACACCAACGCUGAUCUUAUGCAUGCUCUGCAACCCAACGCGAAGUUUAUACUAAUGAUACGCAAUCCAACUAAACGGGCUGACUCGUUUUAUUGGUACUUACAUAACCCCGGCAGCGCUGACCAAUGGCACGAAAGAGUCGUUUUCUAUACCAAAUGUUUCCAAAAAUGUAUUCAGGAUCACAAUCUACGGUUCUGCGCAUAUGCUGCUGAUUGUCCAUAUGACUUCAUCCCAAAUCUGCAAGUCGGUGCGUACCAUGUGUACAUCCGUGAUUGGAUGAAAGUAGUCCCACGUGACAAUUUUAAAGUGAUACGAUUGGAGGAUUGGCAAGCCGACCCUGUCACGACAUACAGGGAUCUUAUCGACUUCCUUGAUUUGCGGAAACUGAGCGUUGAAGAGGAGAAUACCAUACUACAAAGGAGCCCCCGGAACCAGAACAAAAGGCAACACGAACAGACAAAACCAGAGACGCUGAAACUUCUGAAUGACUUUUACAGACCAUAUAAUGUCGAACUUGGCAAACUCAUGGGCGAUGAGAAGUACAAUUAUCCUGAUUACAACGGCUAAACUGAAAAAAACUCUGGUGUUGAUUUAACACCAGCCCGGAAUCUAUAUAUGUCCACACCAGAGAUGUGUUAAACAACACCAGUUUCCUUUUGGUCUAACACCAGAUAGGUGUUUAUACAAAACCAAUAAGUAUUAGAUUUAGAUUUAGAUUUUAGAUUUAGAUUUUAUUUCCGUUCAACAAUUUUUUUCAAAAUAUAAUCAAAGUAACAAUACAUAUUCAAUAUAAUCGAUAAUACAGACAAAUCAAUGAAAUUUCGUAACAAAUGUUGAAUAUAAAUUAAACAAAUCUACAAUUUGUUUCAGUAAUAUUAUCAAUGAAAAGAAACAAGAAAUGAACGGAGGGACUUGCCAAGAAAAGCAAAAGCUUGUAGAGAAGGCAAGCCCCUAAACUUAGUUUCAAUACUAAUUAUAAACAAACUAUAUAUACAACUCUAUACAAAAAUCGAGACGGACACAGAAGACAGACUUAAAACAAGUAAUCCACAAAUAUCAAAAUAAAACGAAUAAGCGACAACAAAAAUAAGAGAAAGUAAUUCAAAUAAUAAUAAUUACAGUGGUAACACAAAAAAAAAAGUACUUACAAAAUCAUAAUAGGGAGGGAAAAGUGGC